CUUAUGAAUAUGGCAACAUCUUUCCUCGAAUUCAUCCAAAAAGUGUAAACAAAAUAUUGUACCUUGUCACGAGUUAAAAUAGUACUUUAGUUAUGAUUUAAUAUACGAUGUGGGUUAAACCUGAAGAAGUUGGAUUAUCUAGGCCUUUAUGGGUGUGUGAAAGAGCAAAUCCAUAUUUUAUUCUUCAAAGAAGGAAGGGCUAUGGCACUAAAGGUUUAUCUUCCUUAUUUGUGGGUACUUUUGAUACUGUAUUUGACACCAAACCUCUUCCAUUUCGAAUUCUCCUUCAUUAUUCAUCUAAUAGAAACCCUCUUUCUGUUGCAAAUGCUUUCUCGAAGAGAGAUAUUAUGGAUAAUUGGGAAUGGCUGGAAAAAAAUAUUGUUCCAACAUUGAGUGCUUUUGAUAGUGAAGAUGAAAUGAGAGAUUUUGUUGCUUGUAAAAUUGAAAGUUUAGUUGCUCAGAAAUCAUUUGAUACUACUCAAGACCCAGAUAGCAUGCAAUAUAAGAUAGUGUCAUUAAAGUUUUCCCGUUUGUUUAAUAUGCCAAAAGAAGAAAAGUUAGUUAAUUAUUACUCUUGCUGUUACUGGAAAAAGAAGUUGCCUUGCCAAGGCUGGUUAUAUCUGAGUGUCAAUCACAUGUGUUUUCAUUCUCGAUUAUUUGGAAAAGAAAUUAAAAUAGUUAUUAGAUGGGUAGAAGUAACGCAAAUUGAGAAAAAUGAUUCCUUAGUUUUUCCUGAUAGCAUAAGUGUUUUAACCAGAGAAAAAAAAUUCCAUUUUUCAAUGUUUUUAAAAUUGGAUGAAACUUUUACUCUCAUGCAGCAGCUUGCCAAUAUUGCCAUGAAAAAAUUAAUUUCAGAAGAAAGCUUUGAAACAGAUGCUGAAUUGGCCCAUAAACUGAGUAAAAAUGUGCCAAAGAAACCUUCCUAUUUAAAACGAGAUUUGGAUGCUCGAGCUCAUAGUGAAACUUACAGGUCAACAUUCAGACUACCACUAGAAGAAAAAUUAGAUGGUAGCACAGAAUGUUCUUUAUGGACUCCUUAUAAUAAACAGCAUGUAUGGGGGAAAAUGUUUUUAUCAAAUAACUAUAUUUGCUUUGAAAGUCAUGUGCGAUUUUUAGUUUCUUUAGUUAUUCCCUUGCGGGAAAUGUCCAUUGUAGAAAAAGUAACAAAUGCAGAUUCUAUAAAGAAUGCAUUGCUCAUUACUACUAAAGACAAGAAAAAUUUUAUUUUUGCUGAUCUAGAAGAUUUAGAGUUUGUGGUGCAAAAGGUUUCUGAAUUACUUGCAAAAAUGACAGAAGUAAGACCUCAUAAUUAUGGCUCUUCAAAUUCAGAUGAUGGUGCUUCAAACUCUUCUAAAGCAAGUGAAAGAACUUGGUCCAUCCAGCCUCCAUUGUACAAACUUUUUCAACAAGAUUCAGUUACUACAUCUGCUGAAGAAAAACAAAAGCUUGACUUAUGGAAUAAUCAUUUUUCUGAAUAUGGAAGAGGUAUAUCAUCUUACCGAACAUGCAGGGAUCAAGAAUUAAUUUUAAAAGGCAUUCCAGUGGAGCUUCGAGGAGAAUUGUGGAUGCUAUACUCUGGUGCUGUAAAUGAGUUAGCUGUAUAUCCUGGUUAUUAUGAAUGGCUUGUCGAGGAGAGUCGUGGCAAACCAAGUAUCGCAGCAGAAGAAAUUGAGCGAGACUUGCAUAGAUCUCUUCCAGAGCAUUCAGCUUUUCAAUCCGAUUUGGGAAUUGAUGUAUUGAGGCGGGUUUUAACUGCCUAUGCUUGGAGAAAUCCUAGUAUUGGGUAUUGCCAAGCUAUGAACAUUGUGACAUCUGUUCUACUGUUAUAUGCAUCAGAAGAGGAAGCUUUUUGGUUAUUGGUUGCUAUAUGUGAAAGGUUGCUUCCUGACUACUUUAAUACUAAAGUUGUUGGAGCUCUUGUUGAUCAAGGGGUUCUAGAACAUCUAACCAGUGAACAUUUACCAGAUAUCCAUGCAAAACUGGUGCCAUUUGGUGUCUUAUCAAUGAUUUCUUUAUCAUGGUUUUUAACUAUAUUUUUAAGUGUGAUUCCAUUUCAUUCUGCUGUGAACAUAGUUGACUGUUUCUUUUAUGAUGGAGCAAAGGUUGUGUUCCAAAUUGCUUUAAAAGUAUUAGAGGCUAACAGGCUGGAUCUUUUAGCCUCUAAUGAUGAUGGGGAAGCUAUGACUGUUUUGAGUGAUUAUUUGAGUAGUGUUGUUAAUACUGAUGAAAAUUCAUCCUUUAUAUCGUAUCAGAAUUAUGUGCCUGGAUGUGUCAAAAGAAGGAUUCAUGUAAGAAAACUCAUAAAAGAUGCAUAUGCUCAUUAUGGUUUUAUUACAAAUAAUAUAAUCGAACAGUUAAGAAUGAAACAAAGGCUGAGGGUUGUACAAGAACUGGAAGACACAAACCGCCGAAAUAUUGUUCGAAGUGUUUUUUAUGAUGAUCUAGUCAAAUCAGUUUUCUCACAGCAAGAAGUAGAUGAUGUGUAUACUUUUAUAAAGGAAGAACAGCUUCGCCAGUUGUAUUGGAGCCCGGCAGUUGUUUGCAAUGGUCAUGAGAAGUAUGAUCCCACAAUGCCUUUUUACGAGCAGUGCCUGAUUGAUUAUGAUCUUUUCAGAAUAUUUUUCAAUUUAUUACCUCCUUGGGGAAGAGGAGAAAACGCCAAAGUUCUCUGCGCUCGUAUCUUUAAGCUAAUAGAUGACAACCAGGACAACAUGCUGAGCUUCUUAGAGUUUCUUCAAUUUCUUGCUAUUGUUUGCAGAAGUGAUGUUGAGAUGAAACUAAAAAUGUUUUAUUUGUGCCAUUUAAUCUGUUCUUCAGAAGAUGUAAAGAGUGAAACUAAUUCUUUAUCAGGUGAGCCAGAAGAGGCAGCAGAAGCUGAGGAAUUCUUCAGCAGCAUUGAUAGUAACACAGCUGUGACUGGCGAAGUUGGUGCUUCUAAAUCUUCAUCAUGUGUUCAUCCAGUAUCAUCAGUUCCUUUGAUUGAAAAGUUUGGAAUUAAAGAGCUUAAAAGUUUUUUAUUUGCCACUGACCGUCAGUUGCCAGUUAUGACUCAAGAAAAAUUCAUUGAUUUAUGGAAGUCCAUGUAUGAUAUGUUUGUAUUACAUGAAGAAGAACAAAAGAUAUAUCAUUGCAUAGCUACUGUUGGUACAUUGCUUCUUCAGAUUGGAGAACUUGGUACAGUAUUACAAAGUCUUGAUGAUAUGGAACUUUAUGAUGACAAUCUUUGUGACAGUACUCAAAGUAUCAGUGAAAAAAGUACAUCUCAGGAAUCCCAAAAGUCUGCAAGUAUUUUAGAGGAUAAUGGAAGUGUAUCCAGUGUUACAGGUAGUCUCUCAAAUUCUGUAACAUCUCAAUGCAGAUUGAACUGUGAAGGACGUACACAAAAAGAAUGGGGCAUUACAUUUGAACAGUUUCAGGGUACUUUGUAUACUCAACAAUUUUUGAUUUCUCAGUUUGAUCAGAAGAUUAAAAUUAGUAGUGAAAUUGAGAACUAUCGCAAGCAGUGUUUUGAAAAAAUGACAACUGUAUAAUUGUUUAUGUUCCCAUGAUUAUAAAAGAUGAUGCUAGUCUCACAAACCGUCUCAGUUUUUUUAAGUAUUAAAUUUGUUAAUGGAUAUUAGUGGUGUAUUUUGUGAAGUUUUAAACAUGUUCUCUUUAAUAUAAGAGCUUUUCUUGUAACAUUCUAUAAUUUUAUAUAAUUAAAUGACGUACUGUAUAAGUUAAAAAAGUGACAUCUUCAUUGUGCAGUGCUAACUAAAGAAUUGUAAUUGUGUGUGAGCUAGUGCGCACUAGUAAUCGUCUGCGAGCUUCUUAAAUAACGUAUGGUAGUCUACACAUAUUAAAAUCAAUAUGUUCUAAAUUCCUGCCAUUUUAUAAGCGUGAAUCUGUUGCAAUUCAUAACAGAUUUUCAUAUAGUAUGUUAUACUAUGGAAAAAAUAUUUUUAGUUAAAAUUUCCAGUGAAGUGUUAAGAAUAUAAUUAGUAAAAAUGUGUAUUAAAUAUAGAAGUUAUUUAAAAGGAAUGAAAAUGUCAUGGUAAAGAAAAUGU